UAAUCAUAUAAAAUAGAAAUACAUCUAUAUUCAUAUCUCUAUAUAUAUACACAUAUAUACAUAUUCCCUCAAAUAUUCUUAUUCUUAUUCUUGUAACAUUGCGCAUGGAUGGAGCUCCAACUUGGUCUCUCUCUCUUAACCAAUUCUCCUGAUGCCAAAGACCUCUUCCCUUGUACUCACAAUAACAAACGCACUUUCUCCCAAAUUGUAGAAGAUGCAGCAGAAAGCACCAACACAGACCCCGCCAUGCUUCCUACUCUGUCUCUUCUCCCCUUCACUAGGAUUAACAACGACAAGGAGGAGGAUGAAGAAGAUGCUCCGGUGGGUUGGCCGCCAGUAAAUUAUAGGAGGAAGAAGCUCCGUUCUUCUAUCAACCAAAACGGUAUGUACGUGAAGGUGAAGAUGGAGGGUGUAGGAAUCGCCAGAAAGGUUGAUCUCACCAUGCACCGUUCAUUUCACUCGCUCAAGGAUACCUUGAUGGACAUGUUUGGAACUCAAUGUGAUCAACAGUCAAAGAGCUAUGAACUGGCUUAUCAGGACAGGGAAGGUGAUUGGCUUCUUGCUGAAGACGUGCCAUGGAGAAAUUUCAUUCAGUGUGCACAGCGCCUCAAAUUGCUUAAGACUAGAGUCUAGAGGAUAAAUAUAUCAUAUGGCUACACAACCUUCAACAGUGACUACUAAUUUGUUUGUCUCUAGCUGCUUUAGAAACCCAGAUAAUUAAUAUAAUGGAUGGGCUUUCUUUUUUUGGUUAACUGUAUUUAAAUCCAGCUGUGGAUACAAGUAUAACUAUAAUUAACUUCCUAGCUAUAAAUUGUAAGGUCUUUGUCUAUGACAUAUCAAAAUUUUAGUUUACAAUAUGAUAA